AUGGGCUCCAUCACAGUCAACCUCCACGACCUACAAGAUGAUAACCAAGACAAACAUAUCGUGGACUUCAUCCGCAACCAUCCAACAACAAUAAGCCUUUUCAAUGAUCCCGACUUUGAAGAAACAGCCUUUGACAAUGACACAAUCUCGGAAAACCUCCGCAGCAACAACCUAAUCACAGGUGCCCUCGCUGGUCCCAAAAAACUAGUCAUGGCACCUUUUCUACUCAGAAACGAAUCCGAAAACAGCAUCGUCAUGUUCAUGUAUCUGGGUAGCGGUAUCUGCGGACACCCGGGAAUCGUUCACGGCGGAAUCCUCGCAACGCUAAUGGAUGAGGGCCUUGCACGAUGCUGUUUCCGCUUGUUGCCAAAUAAAGUGGGCGUCACGGCGAAUCUGAAUAUCAAUUAUAGAGCGCCGGCUAUGGCCAAUUCGUACGUUGUGCUGAGGGCAAAGACUACGAAGGUCGAGGGGCGGAAGGCUUGGGUUGAGGCGAAAAUCGAGAAAUUGUCUCCGGGAGAAGAGGAUGGAGCCGGAUUGUUGGUGGAGGCAAAUGCACUUUUCAUAGAACCAAGGUUGGCUAAGACGUUUGAUACUCCUUAUAAAGGGGUAUAG